AUGUUGAUGGGUACUAGAACGACAUGGUUCGAGAUGCGGUCUCAAGAGCCGUCGUCUCAUCACCUCCUUGGAGACAAAAGAUGUUGGACCAGGAGCAAGGGCGUCAAAGCUGCUCCAACACUAACAGCAUCUGCAAGUUCUUCUGGCGUGUGUUGCUUCCUCGUCAAACAUUCUGGAAGCCAGAUGAAACACCAAGCCCUGACGACACCUUUCUCCGUUUUCGCCUUUCUGCGAUGGCUUGUUCUCAUUGCCUGCUUUUUUCCACAUCCGCUUUUGAGAACAACUGGUGUAAUAGCAUUUCCUAUAGCAGAUCCUUGUCGUGCUGAUACGCAGAUGGUAGAACUAGUAGAAAAAACAUUACAUACCAGCGUCCAGAAGAUGCAGCAUCGUUGUACACGAGCCAAAAGCGAUAUAUUUCAUUAUGGUGGGCUUGAAUGAUGUCAAGAUUCUGAUUCUCCUUUAUUAGAUGAAGGUGUGGGCCAACUAGUACGCAUCUUUUGGCUGUGGUAUUUUUGGUAUACUUACAUCUUCAUCUUCUCUUUCUCUUGUAAGGCACAGUUGCCAAUUCUUUACGUACUUCCUCCGCUUCUACACUGACUUACUCUUCGUCCUUCUCUUCAUAAAAAGCGUGUUUCGGGUCAUCUGGUGAAGCACAAGAUAGAGGAGUUUUGCGCUGAAGGCGUGACGCUGCUCUUAGGUGCAUUAGACAUUUUACAUUCGGCGUGUGUGGAUUUCAAUCGCAUGUUUUCCAGAGCAGUACGGCAAAACCGGUUCCUCAGACGACUCGGGAAACAGAUUCUGCCGACAGAUGAUAUUAGGAUUAUAAGAAUGCAGCUUUAUUGAUAGUAGAACAAUUGUUCCGAAGUGGACUUUUCAAAUUGGACUUAGUAAGUUGUUCGAGUCAUAGACUCUUCAUCAACAUAAACGGAUUUGUUGAUGUACAAUUUCGAAGAAGUACUAUGAUUCUGGUUUCAAGGUACAGUACAACUACGAAUUAUCACCUGGUGACCAAGUCUCCGUCCAAAAAUCUUCUAACUAUCGAACAAGAAAUAACGAAAAUGAAAAAUUCAAGCUACCUCAGAGCAGAGACAAACUGGUUGAGGACAUUACGAAAUCUUUUUAUCUCGGCUUCGAGCACAUGGGAGAUGUCAGUGACCACCUAGCAGAAGAGUUUCGCCUGAUAGUUCUGGCGUACUAUCAAGAAAGGGAGAAAGCAUUGCGAGCGAGACAAGCAGAAGAAGGCAGUGGGCCAGCCAGUGGGCGGAGUGAAAUGUAAGAAGAUAUGAAGGAUUUCAUUCUCUUGGCUUACUGCUUACUCUCAUCCUUCGCUCUUACCUUUAUCCUUGCUUAGCUCCUUUCUCUUGCUCUUCCAUAUAAUUCUUCUUCAUCCUUUUCCUGCCUUCACGGUGUCGGAGGAGACUGAACGGAUAUUACGUGUCAUGUUCCACGACGGUGAAGCUAUCAAGGACCUUGUGAUGCGUGCGCGGGUCCAAAGUAUAGUCUCCGAACUUCGAAAAUGGUCCACGAAUACAGAAGAGCUGUUUUAUGGCUAUAAGUGAAGAUACAACUUUUUCUGGAUGGAGUUUGUUAGAAAGAAACUUUUUCUUGGAGCAAAUGAAGCUCUACUCUGCUUUUUGGAUGCAGAACUACAAGAAGAAGAAACUUCAACUUCUUUGUUGCGAAAACCAUGGUUUUUCUGCUCAUUUGAACUUCUUUGAGUAGACUUACUGAAUGCACUGUAGUUCUAAGCCAAAGUAGACUUUUCCACCGGUGACGACUGGCGUGAGCCCAUUGUCGAACAUUUUAGGGGUCUGCUGAAAGACGACGCUCUCCUAUUCGAUCAGAACCCGAUGCGAUUAGCUAAUCUUAUGGGUUGUGGGUGUUGACAUAGAGCUCGUCCUUAUUUAGAAGCAAUCUAUAGAGACGUACUGUGCAACGCACACAAAGGGGUAAAAAUGUACAAGUAGACCAGGGCCAAGGCGAAAACAACAUGCUCCUGCAUAACCUAGUGUGCAAAAACAAGAAUCAUCGACUUCGAAAUAUUAAUACUAAAAUUGUAGCAAAGAUACCUACUGUUUUUACUGUCAUCUCUGUCCUCUACCACACGUUCAUCAUCAUCAUCAUCAUCAUCGUCGUCGUCGUCGCUCUCUAAUGGUCAGCUGUUAAACUUCGCUCCGUAUGUGGUGGAUGCAGUGCUAUCCACAGUAUCUGAGGUGGUGAAUUACCACUUGGGGGAUUUCCACGUGAAACAGUAUCCGACUUUAUUUCAGCAGAUAGAAGCCUUCCCGCAACUCGUCCAGCCACAAGUUCGUCUAGUGUCCUCGAUAUUAAGGUUGCAAUUUUGGAUUUUUGGUUAUUAUGGAACUGGAUGGGUCAGGUGUUUGUUGGGUUUCUUUCUCGCAAGUCUACAGAGCAACCAGCUGGAUCAACAAACAGCACAAUCAGAAACUAUAAAUUAAUGAAUAACAUCACUUCUAAUCGAACGAGGACCCAAGUUUUGUCGGUCGUUGCUUGGAUUUGACGCCCGUCGCGAUCCUCUAUUAGCGAAGCGGAGACUCUGGUCAGAUAUCACUGGGUUGUAUUCACUGCAACCCACCAUCUUAGACCAUCUGGAGCACUAUUCGGAGCAACUGAGCUAUACGGUGAUUGGAAUGCAGCCGAGGGCUGUGAUUGGUGCAGAGAAAUUGCAGGACACCUAUCGGUCGGACUGGGGUCGCGACGGAUCGGAAGCGCGUGCAGAGACCAUGCGGAAGUUUGGUCUAACCAAAGAAGACCUUCGUUGCAACGCGACUGGACUAGCCUACACACCGACUCGGUGUCUCUUCGAUGCCGGAUGGGGGAGUCUGACGUUCACUAUCAACACUGAACCUCCGUACGAUGCGACGC